AGCCCUUAUACCCAGCAACCCACAACGUUAACGCUGGACUCCUCAUUGCUGCAUGGGGCAUAUGGCCUCCGGCCUCUCUCUGUACGAUAUUUUAGGCAUCACACAAGACGCCUCGGCUGAUGCAGUUCGUAAAGCUUACAAGUUGAAGGCACUCGAGACACAUCCAGACAGGCUACCGGCAGGAACUGGAGCGGCUGAAAUUCGGGCGGCACAGGCGUCAUUCAAUGAUGUUAAGACGGCUUUCGAUGUCCUAAGUGACCCGGCCAAACGACAUGUGUACGAUAACGGGCUGAAUUACAUGCGCCUCCAUGUGACAUUCGACGAGGUGCAGAACAAGCUCGCACAAGAGAGGCUCUCCCGUGAACGCGCAGAAUGGGCGAGACAAACGCAGCUGCGUGCCCAGGAGCGCAUGCGAGAGCAGAUCUACGCUAGCCAGAAGCGGUACGAAGAGUCCGUAGAAGAGGCGAAGCGGCGAUACCAAGAGAAGGUCCAAGCAAUCGAGAAGGAGCACUGCCUUGAUCAUGGGACGGAAUUUCAGACGGAGAGCGAUCUUCUGGAACCAUCCUCGCCCUCGGACGGCCUUGCGGAUGAGUUUCUGCAGGAUCUCAGAAAGAUGAAUCCGGAGUGGGAGAUGAGGAGGCGGGAGGCUAUGCGCCGCAAAGCCGAAAGAAUGCGGGCUGGGGAUCGGAUGAACAGAGAGGGAAUCCGGCUAUGAGGCUUGCAUAUAUGUCCAUUAUUCUAUUGCUUUCAUCAAUAACUGGUAUCUGAUCACUUUGUUUGUACACUGACUAUGGACUGCUUGUUCUACGGAUUUCCAUGUAUGUGCAGUAGACAUUAUCGAUCGCCUUCAUAAGGCAUUGUCGCCAUCAU